GCUAGCUAUUGAUUUUGUUCAUGGGUACAUCUCGACGUAUGAUUUAAUGGACUCUAAGUACAGCCGACGCUGCAUUAACAUCAACAAGCAGCCCCUGUCCAGUGAUUAGCGGAGUUUGGGGAUUAAGAGCCAGACGAGUUAGCGCUUACUUUAACUACCCUUAGAUCGGUCUCGCAUCGCCUGGAAUUUUCUAAAAUAGGUACCCCAGUAUUGCAUUAACGAGUGUUCGCGCAUUCAGUUCUUGGGGAGCAGCAAGUAACCCAAUACUAUAAAACGGGACGCGUUCUCAAAAGCUUGGAAUCAGUGUAUUUUCCAUCUAUGUUUUCCUAGUCGUCGUAGUCGCGGUUGACUGGUAAUUACCAUGCCUAGAAAAGCGCCAGCAGACGCGUCAACUUCCUCGGCCAAGGAAGGUGAGCCAACGCCCAAAAGAGGAGCCAAGAGGCAGUCCACGGAUCAUGACAGCGCUCCCAAAGUAGCCAAUGGGAAGAGAGCCAGAGUAUCAGAUAUCACAUCCAAAGAACAGGAAGUUUCCAAAGAGGAGCAACGACCAAGGCUCACAACGCCCGAUCUUGAAUUUGACUACGAUCGAAGCCAACUGCGGGAUCCUCGGCAAACACCCGGACGAGUGCGGCGACCGCGGCCCCGGGGCUCGGAAGUGACUGAGGAAUUCAAACAACAAUUCUUCAUUCCACAAGCAGAGCGGCCCAAAGGUAGACUCAACGCCUAUCAGAAGGACCAGUUGCACAGAGAACAGAGCUUACUAGAUCCUACUGACGUCUUCCACGACCUUUACGUCUGCCACAAGAAGGGUCCUCAUGGGACACCUGUUUAUGAUUCGGCGGGCUUCCAACUGGAUUACAGAAAAGUAGACGAAUGGAUGAAGCCAAAACCCUACAACAAGUCGCGAAUAGUACGCGGCAUGGAGAGGUCUAUUGAGAGAGGAGAGCACGAAAAGCGAGCAACGUACGAAAUAUUCUUCGUGCAGGGCGAUGAGCCAGGCUCGACAAGCGUUAUGGAUUACGUCAAGGAUCACAUCGCGAAGGACCUUAACGUCCCUUGGCAUCAGAUCGAUUCUGGGCGUGCACGCGAGUGGCAGCAGAAGGGUUUCGAAAAGAAGAAAUUUUCAGAAUGGUGGCGAGAACCAAACGAUGAAGAGCGAAAGCGUAUGUCGAAGAUGAUUGGGGGCGCAAGUUUACGGAAAGACCACUAGCCCGGUUUACCCUUGCGAUGCGAGCAGCUUAUUUUCUUUUCAUAGUCAGUUACACAAGCUGGCUCUACUCUACCUACUAUAUGGGACGGGCGUUUAAGAUCUAGAUAUCAAGCACGCCGGCUUCUCUGGUUCGUGUCUUAUCAUUGGG